GAAAAACCAAAAGAAAAACGAAGUAAAGCUUCAAAAGAAAAUCAAGUUGAAGAAAAGCCCAAAAAGAAGGGAAAGAAACAUGAUACUAAUGACUCAGAUAAAGAAAUUAAUACAAAGAGGAAAGGAAAGAAAGUUGUCGAAGAAAUUCCAGAAAAAACAAAGAAAUUAAGAAAAACAAAGAGCCAAGAAGAAACUUCAUCGACAGAUAUCGAGCACCAGAAAGAACAGUCAUUUGUUAUUGAUGCUGGUAACAGAAUUGAAGGAACUCCAGUUAAUUUUGAAUUUAAUCCACAUCCAAAGGUAGAACAAACACCGGCAAUCAAUAAUUCGGCAUUUAUCAGGAAGAACAAUGUUGAUUACUCACUCAAUUCACUUAUAAGAAGUAUGACUUUGUAA